GUUCUGUAUCUGCUUAGUGCUAACAGAUAACUGCUCUGGUCGAUGGCCAUGGAGCUGUGUACCCGAACCUUCACAAGGGUCGUCCUUUUCAAACCUUCUUUCUCACACCCCACUUCAAACCCUCUCCUUCUUCGUGCCAACACUGCACCCUUCAAAUUCACUUCCUUCAAUCUCUCAUCAUCUUUUAUCCCUCAUCAUGUUCACCUCUUUCAACACACUUCUUCUCCAUUCCCACUCGCAGCUUCUUCUUCUUCUUCUUCAGUCGCACUUGGAGAAGAAAAGGACCGUCUUCCUGCUGAAUUGAAGGUCACUGAAACAGAGGAAUCCAACUCCAGAGUUAGAUUGCACGUGGAGGUGCCACCAUUGGUAUGUGAGGACUGUUACAAAAGGGUCAUAGCAGAGUUUAUGAAGCAUGCAAAGGUUCCUGGAUUUCGCCCUGGAAAGAAAGUUCCAGAAAGUAUUCUUGUUAGUUAUGUUGGGAGUAAAAAUGUUCAGAAGGCUACAAUUGAAUCUAUAUUGAGGAGGACACUUUCCCAUGCUAUGACAUCGGUUACUGGAAGGGCUUUGCAAGACUCUGUACGUAUAAUGACUAAGUUUUCUGAGAUGGAGGAGACAUAUUCUUCUAAUGGGUCUCUUAGAUAUCAUGUUAUUGUUGAUGUUGCACCAGAAAUCAAAUGGAUUCCUGAUAAUAAUGCCUACAAAAAUUUGAAGAUUUUUGUUGAGAUAGAGAGUGAUAUAGACGCCCACAGAGCAUCUGAACAAGAAUUCAGAAGGCGGUACAAGUCCAUUGGUUCACUGAAAGUAGUUACUAACAGAGGGCUACAGGUUGGUGAUGUUGCUGUCGUUGACAUCUCAGCAACAACCAUUGAUCAAGAUGAAUCAAAUGUUAAAAAUAUUUCUUCUGCUGAAAGUAAAGGUUUUAAUUUUGAUACAGAAGAUGGUGACAAAUUAUUACCGGGUUUCCUGGAUUCUAUAAUUGGAAUUUGUCGUGGUGAAACAAAGUCCUUUCCUCUUGUAUUUCCUGAAACAUGGAAGCAAGAAAAUCUUCGUGGUGUUCAUGCUCAGUUUACUGUUGAAUGCAAAGAACUUUUUUACAGAGAUUUACCAGAGCUGGAUGAUUCUCUUGCUGAUAAGCUUCUCCCGGGAUGCACCACUGUGGAACAGGUCAAAGACUUGUUGUUACAGAGAUACCUUGAGGUGGAGCAAACAGCUAGAGAACAAGCAGCUGACAAUACUAUCUUAGAUCAGAUUUCUAAGAUGGUAGAAGUGGAUAUACCUCAAUCCCUGUUUGAGGAGCAAGGUAGGCAGCUUUAUGGGGCCAACCUAUUAGAAAUACAGGCAAAAAUGCAACUAAAUGAGCAGCAGCUGGCAUCUCUAUCAAGUCCAAAGGCUGUCAAUGAAUAUCUUGAGCAUCAGAAGGAAAAUAUAACAAACUUGAUAAAACAGAAUCUGGCAGUUGGUGAUAUAUAUAGGCGUGAAAAUCUGCAGUUUUCUACUGAGGACCUUGUCAAAGAGGUUGAGAAUUCCAUUGCCGAAUUCAAACUUCAAAAUCAAGAAUAUGACGAGGAACGGGUGAAGGAACAGGUUCAAGAAAUACUGGAAGGAGCUAAGGUGCUUGAAUGGUUGAGAGAACAUGCAGAGAUUCAGUAUAUAACUAGGUGAGAGAUGAGCACUGGCCCAAACAAAUCAGGAAAAUGACAUUGCAGGUUGCUCACAAGUCUAUAGAAGAAUUUAUCUGAGGUCACUGUAUUCACAAGUUGUUGUCUGAGAAUGCGGCCAUAAACGAAUAGCAUUGCUGUGAAGAAAAAAUGCCUGGACAUUGUAUUCAGAAUCUUAUCUUCGUGAAAUUUUUUUUUCUCAUAUGUACAUGAUCAUUUAAAAUUACAGUAGCAUAGAUGCCUACCAGUUCAAUCGCUUAAACUUAGGGAGACGUUUAUGUUGAGUAGCUCUUUUCAGUAGAUUGAAGAGCUCACUGGCCAUAAAUAUUUGGAUAACAA